AGCGCCGCGGCCAUGGCGGAGCUGACAGACGCAGAGCUCCGGAAGGAGCUGAUCGCUCUCGGUUACCGGCCGGGCCCCAUCACCGCCACCACCCGCAAGGUUUACAUCAAGAAGUUGGGCUGCCUGCGGGCCGAAGUGGCGGCGGCCAAACGCACGGGCCGAGGGGCACCACCCAGCCCGGCCCGCCCCGCCGCCAGGCCGCGGCAGGCCUCACCCUCCCGGCAGCGCUCCGGCUUCAACCUCGGGGCCGCCCGCGACAGUGAGGAAGAGGAGGAGGAUGAGGAGGAGGAUGAGGAGGAAGGGGGGAAAUCCGCGUCCCGCUGGGGGACGUCGGGGAAGCGUGAUGGGAUGUCCUGGGGGGACUCUCGGGGAUCCCCCCCGGGCCGGGGUGGAGGGUUUGGGGUCAGGGCUGAGGGAGGGCUGAGCCGGGACAGCUACGGGGGGCUGAGCCGCUCGGUGCAGUGGGGGACGAGUGUAGAGAGGGGUGGGGGGGAUGGGUUGGGGCCAUCCCUGGGUGGGCUUGGGGGGCAGAACUCCCCCUCCCAGUGGGACACGUCCAUAGAGAGAUGCGGGGGGUUCGGGGCUGGGGUGGGGUCGUCCCUGGAUGGGCUCAGGGAGCUGAGUUCCCCCUCCCAAUGGGGUGCGGAGAGAAGCGGGGGGUUUGUGGCUGGGCUGAAGCCAUCCCUGGAUAGGGGUGGGGGGCUGAGCCCCACGGGUGCAGAGAGAAGCAGGGGGCUUAGCACUGGGCUGGGGUCCUCCCUGGAUGGGAUUCGGGGGUCGAGCUCCACAUCCCAGUGGUACACAGCAGAGAGAAGUGAGGAGCUCGGGUCCCAGCCAUCCCUGGAUGGGUUUCGGGGUUCAGGCUCCUCAUUGCAGUGGGGCACAUCGACAGAGAGAAGUGGGGGGCUCAGCAGUGGGUUGAGGCCAUCCCUGGACAGGUUUCGGGGCUCGGAUUCCACGUCCCAAUGGAGCAGAUCCACAGAGAGAAGUGGGGGGCUCGGUGUCAGGGCUGGGUCAGGGGCAUCUCUGGAUGGGGUUGAGGGAUUGAGCUCCACAUCUUCCUGGGGUGCUUCCCUGGGCAGAAGUGGGGGGCUCAGCUCCAAAUCCAGUGAUGAGAGGGAGGGUCUGAGGUCCAGGAGCCUCUGGGGUGCAUCGGGAGGAGGAGUUGGGGGGCAGAGCUCCCGCUCUCAGUGGGAGACGGGAGGGCAUAGGAAGGGGCUCUCCUCUAACAGCUCCUGGAGAGGGGAAAAUGAGGUGACCCACUGGGGCAGCUCUGGGAGUUUGAGUCACCAGUUUGGGAGAGGGAAAGAGGAUUUGGGUUCCAGUGGUAAGAAGGAGGCAGGGGGCUGGGCACGGGGGUUUCUCCGGCGCUUCCCCUGGAGGGCUACGAGCGAUGCAGGGUUGGCUUCAGGGAGCCAGUGGCAAGCAGGACAGGGAGUGACCUCCCGCCCUCACUUGUUACGGUCAGCCCCAAAGCAGCAGGUGGAAGGGAAAGGCAAAGGUCUGGAGUUCUACCUCUCCAAGUUCCUUUGCCUGGCCAGUGUUGUGUUGCUGCUGAUUUUUCUGGGCAUCCUCGUGGUGAAGAUGAUCGGGUCGGACUGGCUGGACAGAAGAGAGGAGAGCUUUAAUCUCUUGCCUGUGGAUUGUGACAAAAGAAAGGAUGAUUUCUGCCAAGCAAAGCAGAAGGAUGUAGUAAUGGACAUGCUGCAUGAGUUGUAUAACUACUUGUCUGUACAAGCUGGUAAUUUUGAAUGUGGAAACCCUGAGAAUCUAAAAAGCAAAUGCAUUUGGGUUAGUGAAGCAAAGGAUCACGUGGUGAAUAUAACUGGAAGUUCUCCACAGCAGUUUGAAGCUGCCCUGCUCUGGAUACUAAACAGCAACAAGGAUUUGGGAAUCAAGUUGAAAGGCAGAGACCUCUUGGAAUCAGUUACCAAAGUGGAGGAAGUGUUCUGUCUGGAAUCAGCCCAUCCUCAGAUGGGGCUGGGCUGCCGUUUCCGUCGGGCAGUGGUCACUGCCAUUAUGAACCUGUUCCUCUUUUUCUGGAGUCUGAUAACUCUCUGGGGGAUCCUGCUCCUCCUCAGGUAUCGCUGGCGGAAGAUGGAGGAAGAGGAACAAGCCAUGUAUGACAUGGUGAAGAAGAUCAUAGCUGUUGUCCAGGACCACUACAAGGAAUGGGAAAGGAAUUUGGAGCGUUAUCCCUAUGUUGGCAUUUUCCACGUCCGGGACAGCCUCAUCCCUCCCCAGAGCAGAAAAAAAAUGAAACGAGUCUGGGAGAGAGCUGUGGACUUUCUGGCUUCAAACGAGUCCCGGAUUCAGACAGAAUCCCACAGAGUAGCAGGAGAGGAUAUGUUGGUGUGGAGAUGGACUCAGCCUUCUUACGUCUCGGAUUCGGAGCACUGAAGAGGAGCAGAAGUGGAGCAAGUGUUGCUGUGGACCCUCUGGAAGGGGAGAGUCCCUUCUCUGGUGGUGGGAAAGAGCAGGUCAUGGUCCUGAUCUCCUAGGGUUGGGGAUUGCACUUCUCUGUUUGCUCUUCUUUCUAAAAAACUUUCUACACAAAAAUUCAGGGCAAUAAUGUUGGCUUGGAAAGAAGAUGGGCUUGAGCUUGGUGGGAAGCUAGGGCUGCACCAAAGUUAGCCUUCCAGCAGAUACCUGGCUUCCAUAGGCAUGCAAACCUGGAACAACUUUUUAAAUAGAGAAAAAAGAAAAAGCACACCUAAUAUUGAGGGACACAGGAGCUCUCUGACAAUGGUUUGGUGUGGAAAAUUUGACCUCAAUUCUGCAAAAGCCAACUGGUGGCAGCGACCAUCAGGGAAUGUGUUUAAAGGUGAUUAACAUUUCCCAUGGAAACAUUAGGGUGGCAGUUAAGAUACAUAUUUUUUUUUUGGUUAGAAUUUGUUUUUAUUAGUGUAAAGACAGCAAUGAAAGCACUUGGUGCUUCCUGCAGAGGAAGAUGUUUGUGGCAGCUUCACCCUUUCAAAAUGGGGGAAUUGGGGGGGAAAAGCCAGGAGCAGGCAAGUCCCAGAGGGAGGGCAGUCUGAGGUGCCUUGGUGGUUUGGGCUGAGUUGGGUGGGAUGGAGGAGUGGUUAUGAUGCUGUUACAUUUUUAUAAGUCUGCUGUCUGUGUGCUUUCUGAUUUCUGGGGGAGGGUGGGGGGAGGUUUUGGGUGGAAAACAAAAGCUAUAGGAAGCUUCCCAAAGCGCUUUCCUGUGGCUCCAGCCAAAGGGACUGCGUCAGGGGGUAGUAAAGUAAAGAGCAGCUUUGGAAAGGCUUUUAGGGCUGAAUGUACAUGUUUAUCCUGGGCAGCUGCAAUGUUUGUGCUGUGUGUGGCAGAGCAGAGAUGUUCCAUGUGUGGAGGGCUCACGUCCCACGUUCCUGCAGCCUCCCCACAGCUCCAAGGAGCAGUGAUCCUCUGGUCACGCUGCGGGCGUCCUGUUUUGUAGCUGUAAUAAUUUGCUUCCUUCAGUUCUUUUUUCUGUCCAGCAAAUGAAUGUUUGUUUCAAAGAAAAUAGCACCAAUGUGUGGCAGUUUAGGCUAGGCAGAGAUACUGCUAAUCUACUCUUCCCAGGGUUGUAGAACAACCAUCCAGCUCUCUACUGAGGCAGCAGGGACCAAAUCCCUUUCUGGCACAGACAGGUGAAACCUGCAGAGAGGAACCAGCCUUGAUUUGAACCCGUGGAACCCAGGGAUGUUGUUCUCCUCAGUGUCACAGCACAGUGUGAGUGCUGGCAUCCAUUUCUGCCCCUGGAUGCUCCCAGAGCUUCCUCUCCAGGUGCUGGCUUGGCUUAGGACUGCUGCCCAAGCCCUGCUCCAGCUUGGGUGAUGCCACCUACCAGGUGGGUUCCCUGUGCCACUCCCUGUUUGCCUCCUGGUCUCAAGCCUGCACUUCUCCACCCCAUUGCUGGCUUUGGGGUUGUUUUUUUUUCCACCUACACACUCCACAGGCUGCAGAGACUCCUCCUGUAGCUCCUGCUGUGGUCAUCAACCAAAAGGAGUAGAGAGGGUGGGUUUUUCUAGGAACAAAACACAGGGAGCUCUUUCCCAUGAAAUGGGGAAUAUCCUGCUUGGGGUUGCCUCUGACCCCAUAGUUUCUGUUUGGUUGCAAAGGUUGGGUGUUUGAACAGAAGAGGAGACUUAACAGCUGUCUUCAAGACAAUGAGCAGUUUCUUCCAUUGUUAGUAAAAUAGAGGAUAAAGUGAAGGCAGCCUUGGUUCUUCUAAAAUGCUGUAACAAGAUCAUCACUGCUGCUGUACAAGUCUCCUGCAAACACCAGUGCCUACACUCUUAAACCUUUUUAAAAAUACUUGUUUGGGGGCUGGGUUAGCUUUUUUUUUUAAACAGCCCAUAUCCAAAAGUGAAGAGUCAGGCAUUGCAGUCAUCUUUUUUGUAUUAAACUUGUUUUUGUAGAAUAAAUUUCACUGGCUUGGUGCUGUUUAUAUGUUCAACUUAGCUCUGUAAACCAAUAUAUAAAAUAAAUUUAUUACAAAUAA